GACAGGCUCUACGGGAGGAAAACAAUCGAAUGAAAGGUCCCUGAAUCCGAGAGAACGGUGUCAGAGCUUCCGACUGAGCAGACAUGCAUUACUCCCCCCCAAAUGAGAGAGAGGAUUUAGGAAUGGAGAAGUCGCCGUUUCCUUUCCCUUUCGUGUUCAACACAAAGAUCGUCUACGACCGCGAGAUGGCUCGCUCCUAAAGGCCCAAGUCAUGCUGCAGCCUUGACGAUUUCAUCGACAUCACUUUAUCCAAAACGCAACGGAAGACACCCACGGUGGUACACAAGCAUUACCAGAUCCACCGCAUCCGACACUUUUACAUGCGCAAAGUGAAGUACACCCAGCAGAACUACCAUGACCGCCUCGCACAGAUCCUCACCGACUUCCCAAAACUGGACGACAUUCAUCCCUUUUAUGCGGACCUGAUGAACGUGCUGUAUGACAAAGACCAUUACAAGCUGGCUUUGGGGCAGAUCAACAUUGCUAAGAAUCUGAUUGACAACGUGGCCAAAGAUUACGUGCGCCUAAUGAAGUAUGGAGAUUCUCUUUAUCGAUGCAAGCAGCUAAAAAGAGCUGCGCUGGGUCGCAUGUGCACCAUCUUGAAGCGACAGAAGUCCAGUCUGGAGUAUCUGGAGCAGGUACGUCAACAUCUGUCCCGUUUGCCCACCAUCGACCCAAACACGAGGACACUGCUCCUGUGUGGAUACCCUAAUGUAGGAAAGUCCAGUUUCAUCAACAAGGUGACCCGGGCAGAUGUGGACGUUCAACCAUAUGCCUUCACCACCAAGUCACUGUUUGUGGGUCACAUGGACUACAGAUACCUGCGCUGGCAGGUGGUAGACACCCCAGGGAUCCUGGACCACCCCCUGGAGGAGAGGAACACAAUCGAGAUGCAGGCCAUUACAGCGCUGGCUCACCUGCGAGCGGCUGUCCUCUAUGUGAUGGACACAUCAGAGCAGUGCGGACACACUUUGCAGGAACAGAUGGAGCUCUUCAGCAACAUCAGACCUCUGUUUGCCAACAAGCCUCUCAUCAUCGUGGCCAACAAGUGUGACGUGAUGAAGAUCAGUGAGCUGUCUGAGGAGAACCAGAAAAUGUUUACAGACUUGACAGCUGAGGGCAUCCCUGUCAUUGAGUCCAGUACACUAACAGACGAGGGCAUCAUUCAGGUGAAGAAUGAGGCCUGCGACCGCCUCCUCGUCCACCGUGUGGACAACAAAAUGAAAAGCAAGAAGGUCCAUGAUGUCCUCAACAGGCUGCAUCUAGCCAUGCCUGCAAAAAGAGACGAUAAGGUGAGACCUCCAUUCAUCCCUGAGGGAGCUUCGCUGCGUAGGAAGGCCAUGGAGGUGGACGCACCCAAGCGCAAGCUGGAGAAAGAUCUUGAGCAGGAGCUUGGAGAUGACUACAUCCUGGACCUUCAGAAAUAUUGGGACCUGAUGAACGAGGAGGAGAAGCAUGAUAAGAUCCCAGAGGUUUGGGAAGGCCACAACAUUGCUGACUAUAUCGACCCAGACAUCAUGAAGAAACUUGACGACUUGGAGAAGGAGGAGGGGCUAAAGGAGCAGGCCGGCGAGUACGACUCAGACGAUGAGAGCGAGGACGAGGACAUGCAGGAGAUCCGCGUCAUGGCCAAGCAGAUCCGUGAGAAGAAGCACCUCAUGAUCGUAGCGUCCAAAGAAAAGGACGUGCACGGGCCCCGCAUGCCCAGGACAUCCACCAAGGUUGAGAGAAAAACAUUAGAGAAGGAGAUGGGAGACCUCGGCCUGGACAUGAGCGACAAGGACGAUAGUCACUACGCCGAGAAGGCCCGGCGCUCCCGCAGCGUCACCAGGAAACGAAAACGUGAAGUUUCAGCACCGCCAGCUUCCAAAACACGCAGCCAGAGCGCCUCUCGUCCUCCUCGGGACCAGUCUGGAUUCCGAGACGCAAAGAUGGUGAAAAAGGCAAAGAAGAUGAUGAAGAACUCUCAGAAGGACAUGAACCGCCUUGGCAAGAAGGGCGAGGGAGACCGACAUGUGUUUGACCUCAAACCCAAACAUCUCCUGGCGGGAAAGAGGAAGUCGGGCACCACAGAUCGCAGAUGAACAGGAAGAGGAAGAAGUCUCUGUAGACUAUCGUGACCUGCUUUGUUUGUGGACAUCUGCAAUUUGGAGUUUUAUUCUACACAACAGUACAACUAAAAACAUCAAAUAUAUAUUUCCUUUUUUGACAAGGAAACUCCAUUGCUAAAUGUUUUUACUGAACUGGGCCUAUUGAGGGGUCUUAGUUUGUCCAUCCAUCCAUUUUCUACCGCUUGUCCCUUUUUUGGAGUCGCGGGGGGUUGCUGGAGCCUAUCUCAGCUGCAUUCGGGCGGAAGGCGGGGUACACCCUGGACAAGGCGCCACCUCAUCGCAGGGCCAACACAGAUAGACAGACAACAUUCUCAUUCACACACUAGGGCCAAUUUUAUUUAACUCCAAUUAAGUGUUGGAAUAAAUUCACCCGGGACAAGUGAUAGAAAAAUGGCUGUAUAGUGUUGGAUAAAGUGAGGAUGAUGAUUGUGCUUCUUCUCCACAGCCAAAUACAUCUACUGCGCACCCAAA